AUGACAGACACUGCUCGCUUGAAUGCACACCGCAGUGUGGAGUACCGGUUCAAUACCGAUGGUACCCCCGGCUUCACAGCCAUCGGGCUAUCUGAGGAAGGCCAGCUCGCCAUCAAGCUCCUCAACUGGGUUGAAGCUGCGAAGGAAGCUGUCGCCCUGACUCGCAAGUACCACAGUGACAUCCAGGCCGAUACCCUGGCCCGCCACCAUGACAAUGUCUCUGCAUUAGCACACACUCACGGGUGGCUGCUCACCCGUAAGUACGAUGUACAGCAGCACCAAGGAGUGGUGGAUGACCUCCGCAUGGAUGUCGGUCCCCUUGACUAUGCCGCAGUAUCCCUGCUAUCCCGCAGACCCAGUCUGUGGUCCGAGGAGUCCGCACCCGCUGCCACAGUUGCUACACCCACUGCCGCGGUUGCCAUGCCCAUGAUGUACUACCCCCCUGAUGUCCGGGCAGGCACCGCAUAUGCUGAAGCGGGGUCCAGCGACGCAGUACAUUGA